AUGGCAAACUUAUCCAGAUUGAACCAGUUGAAUCCUCGACGGUCAAACUGGGAAGUCAUGGUCAAAAUCCUGAAGAAGUGGGUAGAGAUUAGACAGUAUCAACCAGAUGUCCUCCACUUCCUGCUUAAGGAUAGACAGAGGACCAAGGUUCAUGCCUAUGUCAAAGUGGAUCGAGAGUUGUUCCAAUAUUUCAAUCAACGCAUGUACGAGGGUCAAUGGAAAAUCCUGAAAAGAUUCAUUGUGGUAAACGCACCUGAGUCGGUUGGAAGAUUCGCGGAUAAUCCCUUUGAGCUAAUUAUCAAUGAACACACGGACUUGGAUUCAGCACAGGGAACCGAUCUUCCUCACUACAUGGAGUUUGAAGAUUUCAAACGAGUGAAGGCAGGGCAGCGCUUGACACCUAAUCCAUUAGAUUUCAUAGGUUAUCUUGAUUCCGUUACGAAACCUACUUGGGUUCACGACGCUACAUUCACUUUGACUGACGAGAAAACAACCGCGCGGAUCGAAUGUGGCCUCAAAGACACUUCUGGAACGUCUAUUAAGUGCGUGGCCUACGGUGAGUUAGCGUUGCAAAUCAAUGAUAGGUGGUUUAAGAACGGCCACAACGAAGUCAUUAUGACCUUAAGAGACUGGAAACUUGCUUACUCCACAAGAACUGGGGAGUAUAAGAUCAAGUCCAUCCCCGGGAUAUCUCGGUUUGAAUUCAACGCAGAUUUGUAUGAUGUUGAUGCUUUCAGGUGGAAGUAUUUCGUACUGGAGGAGAAAAACUCCGCAGAUGAUCAGAGUAGCUCCUCCUCCUCUGAUUUGUCUGUUUCAUCAACCAGUUCUGAUUCAAGCGGCUCAGAUGAAAGCGGCGGUGGUGCUGGACCAUCGGGGACGGCAUCGAAUGGGUCAGGAGAUGCAACAGAAGUUAUAAUAAUCGACUAA